AUUUGAUCACAAGAUUUUUUUGUCACACAAGUUUAUACGAUAAGGGAAAAAGAAAAGAGAGAGAGAGAGACAUUUGUAUAUUGAAAACCCUUUUUCUUGUAGCCAAACACUUUGAUCUUAGAUCUAAGCCAAGAAGGGACUUCGCUGUUUCUUUUUUUUGAUUUUUCACAUAUCAACAAAACAAAGCUAUGUCGUCUCUGCUUCUCAGCCUCUCUUCCAAGCCCUCUCUCCGCAAACUUGCUCAGCUGAGAUGUCACACCCAUAGGAUGUUCUCCUCCUCUAGCACCAACCCUUACUUGCUGUAUUGUGUCACACAUUAUGGAAGUUCUUGGGAUGAUAUUAAUGUAACAAGCAAUAUCCACUAUUUUGACCCGGUCAAGGAAGACGAAGUUAUUGUCCGAGACAAGGUGUUACCAAUGGAGUUGCGUAAAGGGUGUCUGGUCGGAAUGUCCCAUGGUUGGGGAGUUUUCAAGGCAGUGUGUGGUGAUAAUAGUUAUAAAGCCAUAUAUGUUACCGACUACUACAAUCCUUGUGGCUCCAUAUCAGUCAAAAACAUUCCUUUGCAUCCACUGGGUAAACCUAUAGCUAUCCAACAGCAAGCCAUCACCAACGCCGCAAUGAACUGUUCAUCUGAUCAAAGCAAUGAAUUUGCAGUGGCUGUCAAGUGUUUAGGGCCUAUGAUCAAUUUCAAUAGGCCUGGUGGCAAACACAGGGAAUCAGGUUCGGUCGUCUUUAAAACUCUUUUCCAGUAUUUUGAUCAAUCGAAGGUUAUGUUUUCAAAGAGAGAUGAAAAGUUCUACACUCCGAGUUUUGGAGGCCAGUUCUUGGUUUCCUGGGAUUCUUUCUUCGAGGAAGACAUGACCGGCUCUGAGUUGCAAGAGUUGCAGUUCUCCAACCUGCCUGAGUUCACCCAGUCCGAGUGGGAGCUGCUGGACUCAUGUUCCAAGACUGUAUACCUUGUGGAGUCUCCCUCAGGCCAACGUUUCCUGAUCAAGUGGUACGCUCAGAACCACGAACCAGGCAAUGGGAUGGCAUUCCUGUGUCGCGGAACAAAGCGUUUCAUGGUGUUUAGACAGGAAGAAGAAACAGGGGUCAUGUCUUACACAGAGGACAUUGGAGACCUCUCCAUAUUCCUAGGCAAUAAUGAGCCCUUUUGUGUCAAGGCAAACCCUAACUCAAUCUAUUUUGCAGGCGAUGGCUGUGGUGUCUACGAUAUUGCCACUAGAAAACCAUGUUCCUUCUGUCCCAAGUCUCCCUCAGCCUUCUCGUUAGGAUCACUCCUCCCUUACUGGAUCCCUCCAAUGUCUCUCUAGUUACAGUGUCCUUCACUAGUUAUGCCUAGAUUAUGUUGUUGUCAUUUCAAGUGGUCUGUACUAAUCAAACUUAUCAUUUGUGGGAAAAUUAUGUGAUCAUGACAUUGUAGGUGCUUGAUAUUGAUUUUAAACGGUGUCACACAAGUUUGAGUUUCAGUA